UUAAAGUAAGAUCUGUGAAUCCUGAAGUCAUCCUGCUUAAAGCUGACCCUGUGUAGACCUGUUUUGAAAUGGGAGUUGAUCAAAGUCCUCUUGAAUUUUCAGUAGGUGGCAGCAGGGUGCACCCAGCCCGUUUGUGCAAAUGAGCUGAUGCACUGUCGAUUUGCACCGCAGCUUGCCGCGUGCUAACUGCCCGCGGAAACAAGCUCUAAGACGACAAGCCGCACAUCGCAGGAAAGCCAUUCGCUGUUCAGAAAACCCCCCUUCUGAGUAAUGUCCAGGAUUGAAAUCCUCAUCCCACGAAAAUCAAAGGAUCAUCCACCCUAAAGAUGGAGAAUAGACUUUUCUUGUUAACUACCCCUGGAAAUGCAGGAUUGUUCCCUACUGUAGAUUCUGAAGUGUGUUGUCUCGAUCAGAUUUAAAUCUCGACAGCAAUGGAGUUUCCACUCUUUCCCUUGAAAGGCAAUUACCCACCCUAAUAGACCUUACCUGUCCAUUAGGAAAUGUCCCUGAUUCUCUUUAAUUACAUGUUCUACUUGGCCUUUGCCGUGAAACCCAGAGAAGGACCCAUGCUGCAGCCUUCCAGGUUUGUUCUGUGCAUGCCAGCGCACCCACCAUUUCGUCACUGGCUUUAGAAAUCAACAUACAGAUUUUAACUGAAAAGCCUGGACCACAGCAAAGUUGGGCACCAACCAGACCCCAAAUCUGUAUAUUUGAAAAUAUCACCUGGGCUGAGGGCUUGAGGUUAGAAGAGAUUUGUAAGCCCCCAUAAAUUCAAAAGGCAGAUGAAGUGCAAUGGAAAAAGAGACAUGUUUAAUUCUGGGGAUGUUCUGCACAACCAGCAAUCAGUUAACACUCUUUCUUGGCAUUCAGCAUCUUCAAGGGCAAUUUCAGCCUGCCCCAGUAUGUACAGUGCAUCCGUAUACAUGCUUCAAGCAGGACAACCCUCCAGCGUUAUUCCGAGUGGAAUGCACACCUAGAAAGUAGAGACAUGCCCUGGCUGAGAAAUCUAGAACCUAGCCUGCUUAAAAGUUUGUCACCAUGAGCCUCUUACUGCCAUUUGACUCCAUCUGCAUUUUCCUCUGUGCCCAAGUGCUGCUCACAUGGGGACUACAAGAACUUCAUGCCAACCAGGAGACAAUUGUCAAGAUUUCUGCUGCUGGCCGACUGAUGCAGUGCUCUGCUUCAGUAGAUAUCCUCCUGCUGUUAGAUGGGUCAUACAGCGUUGGCAAAGGAAGCUUUGAGAGGUCUAAGCACUUUGCAGGCAAACUCUGUGAUGCCUUGAACAUCAAUCCGGAUAGGGUCAGAGUGGGAGUGAUACAAUUUAGCUCAACUCCCCAGCUAGAAUUCCCCUUGGAUUCGUAUCUAACCAAGCAGGAAGUAAAGGAGCAAAUCAAGAAGAUUGUGUUCAAAGGCGGGAGCACAGAAACGGGGCUCGCACUGAAAUACAUUCUCCGGAAAGGUUUCCCUGGUGGCAGAAAUUCCUCUGUCCCUGAAAUCCUGAUCGUCCUCUCGGACGGGAAAUCACAAGGCAAUGUAGCAAUACCCGCUAAGCAGCUGAAGGACAGGGGCACCACAGUAUUUGCUGUGGGAGUCAAGUUUCCAAGGUGGGAGGAGCUGCACACGCUGGCCAGUGAACCAACUGAGCAGCAUGUGCUGUUUGCUGAACACGUGGAUGAUGCUGCCAAUGGCCUGUACAGCACCCUCACCAGCUCUACUGUCUGCAGUGCUGUCUCUCCAGGUUGCAAGAUUGAAUCUCACCCUUGCGAACGCAAGACACUGGAGACCGUGAAAGAGCUGGCUGGGAACUAUAUGUGUUGGAAAGGGUCAAAGAGACCCAAUGCAGUGCAUACAUCUCUCUGCCCGUUUUACAGUUGGAAAAGAGUCUUGAUAAAACACCCGGCCAGAUGCUACCGAACUACAUGCCCAGAUCCCUGCGAUUCCCAGCCUUGUCACAAUGGAGGCACGUGCGUUCCAGAGGGAUUAGAAAGGUACCACUGUGUGUGUCCUGUUGGAUUUGGAGGAGAUGCCAGCUGCGCACCGAAUCUGAGUCUGGAGUGCAGCGUGGAUCUUCUUUUCCUGGUGGACAGCUCAUCUGGUACCACCUUGGAGGGAUUCCUGCGCUACAAGGCCUUCCUGAAAAGGUUCAUUCGGGCAGUGUUGAGCAAAGACUCCCCAGCAAACGUCGGAGUGGCCCAGUACAGCGAUGAUGUCCAGAUCCCCAUCAAAGUGGGCGAGUACAAGGACGUGCUCAGUCUCAUGAAGAGCGUUGACACCAUGCAUUUCAGCGGAGGGGGAACCUUCACCGGCAAAGCCCUUCGGUAUGUCACGCAGCAUGGCUUUAAGAGUGCUCCGGCCUUCGCAGAUGUUCAUGACGAUCUCCCGCGUGUGGUUGUCUUGCUCACGGAUUCAGAGUCCCAGGAUCCUGUGGUAGAAGCAGCUAAAUAUGCCAGAGGCAGAGGGCUCUUCUUAAUUGGCGUGGGCAGCGACUUCUUAAGAGCAGAGCUGGAUGACGUGACUGGGAAUCCAAAGCGGACGGUUGUCUAUUCCAACCCCCAGGAUCUGUUCAACAAGAUCCCUGAGCUGCAGAAAAAAAUCUGCAGCGUAGACAGUCCUCAAGGCUGCCAGUCACAGUCCCUGGAUCUGGUUUUCGCCUUGGAUGCCUCAGCCGGAGUUGGCCGGGAGAACUUUCUGUGGCUGAGGCACUUUGUCAGUAGCAGCUCUCUGCAGUUCAGUAUCAAUCGGGACCUCACCCAGAUAGGCCUUGUGGUCUACGGCAGCCGGGCUCGCACCGCGUUCGCCCUGGACGCGCAUGUCACCAGCUCAGCUCUCCUGCAGGCCAUCAGCCAGGUGCCUUUCCUUGGUGGCUCGGCCUCCACGGGCAGAGCCUUGCUGCACAUUCAUGAUGAUGUCAUGACUGUUCCAAAAGGGGCGAGGCCUGGGGUGAGCAAGGCCGUGGUGGUGAUCACAGAUGGGAGCGGCAUCGAGGAUGCAGUUGUUCCAGCUCAGCAGCUGCGGAGCAAUGGCGUGUCGGUGUUUCUUGUCGGGAUUGGGGGUGUACGGAGGGACACGCUGCUGAGGAUUGCCGGUUCUCCCAACUACCUGAUACUCGUUUCAUCUUAUGAUGAUCUGCGCAAUUACAAAGACUUUAUCAUUGAAAGAAUAUGUGAAGAGGCUAAACGCCCGGUGAACCUGUGCAAACCUAACCCGUGCCUGAAUGAGGGCGUGUGUGUUCUCAGGAAUGGAAGCUACCGGUGUGAAUGCCGAGGCUGGGAAGGACCGCACUGUGAAAGCAGAAUUUUAAGGGGUGAUUCUUCAAGAUCGCCGGUCCCUCCCACAAACUUUCACAUCCAACGAAAUCCGAGUGGUUUGCAGCAGUUUAACAGAGCUCUCUGACGUGCAAAAAGGCGCACUCAGUCGGGACGCUGAGUUGGGCAGUUUCACUGUGCAGUUCUCCCUUUGCUAAUGUUUGCUUGCAGUCAUUAAUAUACAAGAAGAUCUGGCAAGCAGCCACCAGGUAUUUCAAUGAACGAUUUAAUCUGGCACAGAGACUGAAAUAAUGUCUCUCCAAGUUCACACAGGACACCAGCUGGGCUUAUCAGUAGUCAAUAUGUUUUUUCUUUUGUAAUAAGUAAAUAUUUUGUGUGUUUCAAUAUUUAUUACUGCCCAUUUUGCUUUUCCACUACAAGAUUUUGGUGUGUUUCACGUACGUUGUUUGAAAGAUCUGUGAGUUGGCAGCAGACUGUUAGGUAAGGCUGGGGUUCAAGCAGAAAGGGGUUUGCCUAAAUAAUGUAUCUGUAAAGGGAGCUAUAUAAAGUGCACAUUUUUAACAGCGAGAGUAAUUAACCAUUGAAACAACUGACCAACGGAUGUGGAGGAUUCUCUAUCACUUGGAAUCCGUAAAUCAAGACUGGAUGUCUUUCUAAAAGAGAUGCUCUAGCUCAACCAGAAAUUACGAUCUAGAUGGCGAAAAUAGGGAGUGAAAUUUUAUGUCCUGUGUUAUAGAGGUCAGAUGAGGGUCCCUUUGGGGCUUAAAAUCUAUGACUCUAUAAACUAUGGCUAUGGGUGCAAACAAAGAGCCAGGUCCUCCGCUCCAGUAAAUCAGUUCAGGGGGAGGGAUAGCUCAGUGGUUUGAGCAUUGGCUUGCUAAACCCAAGGUUGUGAGUUCAGCCCUUGAGGGGGCCACUUAGGGAUCUGGGGCAAAAUCAGUACUUGGUCCUGCUAGUGAAGGCAGGGGGCUGGACUCAAUGACCUUUCGGGGUCCCUUCCAGUUCUAUGAGAUAGGUCUGGCUGUAACUUACAUACAUUAUUUACCAGCCCCAGUUAAAUAUUCCUACGGUUGAAGUCAUUAGAAUGAAUUAUUGGAUAAACACAGGAAGACAAACGAAAGUGAGAGCUAGUGAUGGGCUUUGUUAUGCUUCACUGAUUUCUCGAUGCCAAAUGCAGUGAUGUUCCCUGGCUUAGCUCUUUUCUUUGUUUGUGUUCGUUUCUGAGUGAUGUAAUAUGGUUUGGCUUAAUGGGCAUUUUUAUUAGCUGCAUUUUUUUUUGUUUUGUUAGGAGGGGCCUUAACGUGAAACAACUCUAAAAUGGAGCUGCGGCAGUUAAUACGUUCGUUGCUAUAUUUACUAGAUGAGCUUGGCUAUUUUAGUCCUAGAGAUCAGUUUACUACGUAAAUCUAACGGUAGACGAUGGCUGAAAAAUGACUUGUUUAAAACGGAGAGAUGAGGAGUCCAAACACAGUGCGGAGGACAAAUUCUGAGCGAAGGAUUGCUUUGGAUCUGGUGUGCUAACCCGCUGAGUCUACUGGAUUUUUUUUUUAUGUAAACGAUGCCAUUUGAGGCCUGAUCCUGCAUGCUUUAUUCAUGCAAAACUGUCACUAGGACAGCUGGGGUUUUGUCUGAGUCACCUAUGCUACAAAUACAGCCUUGGAAGGGUUCCAUAACUGGUUACAAACGGGGUUCCAAUCGGUUGUACGUACUGCACCGUACUAUGUUUUGUAACCUGGCUGCUGUGUUGGCUUCAACAAUGGCUUCUGUCUCCAUCAGCUCCCUUUUGCAAACUCUGUUUGCCCCUCUUCUUUUACGCUCGCUUAUCCCGCCUCCUUUCUCUGCUGCUUUCCUCCAGGCCAAACCCAGGCUCCUUUCUGAGUGCUGUGAACGCUCAUUCCAUGGCUUUAUCAGGAAGCUCUAUCCUCCCUUUCAAGUCAUUGGGGGAGGUCCCUGACAAACUGGCCCCCUCGAAAUGCCGAAACCACAGGCUAGGAACCUAAAUAGGCAGCACUUCUGGCUCCCUGAGUGGUCUUAUGCUGAUCGCUCUUCACCCAGCGGGCUAGCAGUCGUGGCAGCUUUACAUGGGGCGGGAGAGGCUGGGCCAUGACUUUGAUGGGAGCUGCACAUGCACCUCCAAAGACCGGAAUCUGGCCCCAUGCCAGUACCUUUCAGAGGGUGUCGCUCAAUGGAUCACGAGAUCAGUUCACUUAUGAAGCUAUUAGACUUACACAAUUGCUCUCCUGGGGUUAUUUAACUACUAUAUUAUGUUGUUCUUAACUACUUUCCUCAUGCAGUCCAUCCCCUUGGAGAGAUUGAAAGCAGAAACUCCAAUUCUGCUGUGGGCAUAGCAGAGCCAGAAAGAUUAACUGCAACUGUCAGUGUUCCGGGUAAUAACAUCUAUUGUUCCAAAGAGAAGAAAACCCCCUUCAUCCAAGUGACUUGGCCCCAUGUUUUACUAGUAACACAGAUGUACCAAAAGACACACACAUUAUUUCUAAAGGACAAUGGUCUAAACCACGCAUGGAGAUUAAUGCUAGCCCUGAAACAGCAGCAAUGCUAUUUUAUACCUUAUGCUGGAAAAAAUGAAGGAGAACUUCCACUUUGUUUCUGCUCAGACUUCAGUAGAUCAGCCUUCGGCUUCUGCGCCUGAGGCAAGCAGCAAUAGAAGCAUAACUGACGUUUGAAGCAGAAAGAGGCACUAACCCUUCUCCCUUAUUUAUGUCUGGCAUGGUUGCCCCUUUGGUGUUGCUGUUUCUGUAAAAGUGUCAGGGUUCUGUUCUGGAAAGAAUGGGCUACAUCAGUCUCACAGCUACAAUCCAAAGACACGCUUUGUAUUUUACGCUGUGGCAACGUCUGGGGAGCUGGUUCCACUUCCAUUUAAAUUCCGCUCUGAAAUUAUUCUCCGUCAUCUUGUGCUCCCUGCAUUGUUUGUGGUGUUAGAGAGACUUACCCCUUCCUGCCCUGCUUCACUGUAAUAUUUACAACACUCUGGCAUUUUCUGUUGUGUAUUUUGUCUAACAGGUGCACUGGUUAAAC